GCGCGACACUAAUGGCCUCCCUUCCCCCGAACCGCCCCGUGCCGUGAGGCGGUGUGCCUGGAGUUCCCUCUGUGCCGGGAGUCCCCGGUGCCCCGGGAGUCCCCGCCGGGAGUUUCCAAACUGGCGCCAAACUGCUCCCUAGGUCCCGAUGGCGGCGCCAGGAGYCCCUCGCCGCCCGGGUGGUAUUCAACAUUCGGUAACAUGCCUUCCACCAAACCUCCCAAUGAAAAUGAAACAUCCAAAGAAAGAAAACCAGGACUGAGGAGUGUUCAGACAACUAUGCUCUUCCGAGCUGUGAACCCAGAGCUUUUCAUUAAACCUAACAAACCUGUGAUGGCAUUUGGACUGAUAGCAAUUAGCCUUUGCGUGGCCUACCUUGGUUAUUUGCAUGCAACAACAGAGAAUAAAAAUGACCUCUACGAAGCAAUCGACAGUGAGGGGUCCAGGUAUAUGAGGAGGAAAACUUCCAAGUGGGACUGAGWAUGUAAGAAAGGAAAUCAGUAAAUCAGUCACAGAACUUUUCAAGGCAACUGCUGUUUUUUCUCUUUCCAUUUAAGUAAUGGUUAMAUGUCUCUCUUGCUAUUUAAUCCAAUUCAAUAAUCAAUCCAAUUUAUAAAAUGCUGUGCGUGUAUACAAAUAAACUGCAGUAAAGAUACAUGUGAAAAUAAAAGUGAUUUUAAGUAUUGCUGUCUGCAGUCUCCACARAGAUCAUUGUCAGAAAACAUGAAAUCACCUCAGACCUACAGUCAGGACUGGUAAAUGCUUUCAAAACUAACAUGGUAGUUCAGCUUUCUUUUUGCUUUGAUCAGAUGAAAU